UUCCUUUUGAGGGACAAGACAGUAAAGGUUAGACCAUUACCCCAUCUCAGGUAUCUAGGUGUUGGAAAUAUUCCACUGAGCUGGAUGGUUCUAGCUUGUGUCUCAAGAAAUAAGGCAGUCCGCUGAGCUCAGCCCUGUGAACUGAGGAUCAGGCUAAAGCAACCUCCUGGACACAAGGGGCAACCACCACUGUCUUUCUAUUUGACUCCUGUCUGCACCCCUCCCCCAGGCUGCUGGCAUAUUUAAUUGGCCACUAGAGGGGAGAAGUCCUGGCUAAGAUUCAGGUCCCAGCAGUAGGCUGAUUUGUCGGUGAACCCCAAGCUUGUACUAGGGCAUUCUAGGUCUCAGCCACCUCCACCCCCCACGCCAGGGCAACCUGUUCCAUGCUUGGCUGGCUUCUGAGGAAACCUUUAUAUUCUAUGUUGUGAGGCCCAUGGGCACCAGGCCAAGGCUGUUGGAAGCCUGCUGCACAGCUUCAAGAACAUAGUAAAGGAGGAGAGAAUGCAGCAGCCCAGUGGAUCCUCAGACUCUGGUGCCUAAGGAUGCAAGAAAACAGUCCCAGGCCUGGAGGAGGAUUAUGUGUGGCCUUGAAUAGUAGGGUCAGCGUCCAGCACCUAAAGCGUCCGUCCGUGCCCGUGUCAGGAAGCACAGACAGGCAGAGCCCACGGUAACGGCCUCGAAUCUAUGAAGCCCCAACCAACCCAUUCCAAGGACCACCACGUCUCUUUACGCCAAGAGCCAACCAGGACCUUGGUCCCGCCCCACUCCAGAAAGCCAACAAAGCACAAGACCCGCACCACUUCCGCCCAGGGCCGGAAGUGUCUGGGAAACUGGUUGUAGCUCGCAGUGCGUAGUGACGCACUUCCUCGUGUCGGACCCGGCCCAGGUGGCUUCUGACAGACGACGCUAGAAGCCUCAACCCUUUGCGAUUGGCAGUUAACCCUAGAGUAUUGUGGGAAUCACGGCUCCGCCUUUUCCCCUUUCGUCAUUUCUGGGUGGAUUUCCGUGUGCGCUCCGGUCUUCGGGAUGGCACACAUGUUACAAGUCCCGGCAGGCAUUAGGCAGUGACCCCAUUGCCUUCUGGGAGUUGUAGUUUCUCGGGCGCUGAAGCCACAAUAUUCUGAUAGCCCGAGACUCGGUUUCCCAGGAAUCCGAGCGAGAUUGAACAGGCCGGAAUCCCGUGGAACUGGCGGGACGCAGCGGGAAAGGUGGCAGGUUAUUGAAGAGUGUACGGACGCUGGAACGGUGAGCACUGGCCUCCCUAGGGCCGCGACCGGGCCAGUACCGUGCCUGUUUCUGCCACCUCCCCCUCCGGACCCCGGGUGGUGCCUUCAGUGUGUGCCCAGAGAGGCUGCGCUUUGCUAAGAGCUCGUGAUGGGACGAGCCGCUGAUGGAGAUCCCCUGUCACCAGCAUCUCCCAGCGCUCAUCUAUUGUAUGUCCACACUGUUAUGAUCUCAUGGUUGACUCUCUCCUUAACCCCACCUAACCUGCAGCUCCACAUCUGUGCACGCUAGGAUACCCUUUAGCCACCCAGCUUCGCGAGGCCUCCGGUCCGGUUGUGGGACGGAUGUCAGGUCUUAUGGCGGAGACAGAGGCCGGCUUGGAGGUUGAGGAACCCACCGAGGAUGACACCCUGCCUUCUGACACCGUCUCCCUCAGCGACUCGGACUCUGACCUCAGCUUACCUAGUGGUGUGGAGGUCCAAGCGUUGUCCCCAGAGAGGCUUUCUGGGGAGAGCCAGGAGGACUCGGGCCCUGAUGACCCUCCCUCGCACCCCACGGGCAUUCCCACCACUGCAGUGCAGCCAUUCCACCUCCGAGGCAUGAGCUCCACUUUCUCCCAGCGGAGCCACAGCAUCUUUGAUUGUCUGGAGAGUGCAGCACGGCAGGAACCGUGCUCUGCUCCCCAAACCAGUGUGGUUGACAAUUGCAGCUUCAAGCGGCCUGUGGCUCUCCCAAGUCAGACUCCAGCAAGGAGCUUGAGCAGAGUGCAUGGGAACACUGGCCCGACCAGGGUACACCCUGUCCCUGACUAUGUGUCACACCCUGAGCGUUGGACCAAAUACAGUCUGGAAGAUGUGUCUGAAACCAGUGAGCAGAGCAAUCGUGAUGCUGCCCUGGCUUUCCUGAGCUCUCGAAGCCAGGCAUCCCCCACAGACUAUGUGCCCUCUUUCAACCAGGACCCCUCUAGCUGUGGGGAGGGAAGAGUGGUCUUCACCAAACCAGUUCGGGGCAGCGAGGCUAGGGCUGAGAGGAAGAGGGUCCUAAAGAAGGGGGUUGUGUCAGGUGCAGGGGGUGAGGCCUCAGUGGAGCUAGCCCAUCUCGCCGGGCCUGAGGCUGAGGAAUGGAGUGGCCACCAGGGACAGCCAGAGGUGGUGGUGCCUUCAGAAGCUGCGCGUCCUGAGUCCUCAUCAGGCUCCAUAGGUAUGAAAACUGUUGGUUUCCAUGGCAGCAAGAAGCGGAGCAGAGACCACUUCCGGAACAGGGAUAGUAACCCGGAGGGGCCAGGGUCUGAGAGAGGACCCUCAGUUUGACUGCAGUGCCAUCGCUCCACCUCCUCACCUGCCCAGUCCAGGUGGGACAGUGUGGGCUCUCUGUAGUAGGGAUGUGUGGGCCUCAACUCUGGCAGAGACUGGGAAUUGUGGGUCAAGGGACCUUGAAGGCCUUUGUGCCCCAUUGUUUGGGGUGAAUAAUAAAGGUUUUGAGUAUUUACUGAA